GAGCUCACAUCCAUCGGAAACUCACAUCCGUCGUGGGAACCAAACGGCAUUCCUACCGUCUCUCUCGCUCUGUCCUCUCGCUCUCGCCAUGGAGACGGCGGGAGGAUCGAAAUGGAGCUUGAUACGUCCCUUCUUGGUGAUCCUCCUCAUCCACUCACUCGCCAUCUACCUAUUCACCCGCGGCUUCCUCCUCACCCGCACCGAGCUUGCCUCCUUCAGCCACUGCUCCGAUCUCACCCACUCCCCUUGCUCCUCGAUCUCCUCCUCUCAUCGCCGCAGCAACUUCACUCCCCCGCCCGACGAAUCACCUGAUGAACUCCAUCGAGAUCGCCGUUGCUGGACGAAGCCGGCUGUCGAUCGCCUUGUUAUCAUCGUGCUCGACGCCCUCAGAUUCGAUUUUGUUGCGCCCAGUACGUUCUUUAAAGAUAAAAAGCCAUGGAUGGACAAAUUACGGGUGUUACAGAAGCUGGCCUCGGCGGAAGGAUCAUCUGCUAGGAUCUUUAAGGCCAUCGCAGACCCACCAACUACAAGCUUGCAACGAUUGAAGGGACUAACUACUGGAGGACUCCCAACAUUCAUCGAUGUUGGUAACAGUUUUGGAGCUCCAGCGAUUGUGGAAGAUAAUCUGAUACAUCAGUUGGUGAGAAAUGGAAAGAGAGUGCUGAUGAUGGGUGAUGAUACCUGGUUGCAGCUGUUUCCUGAUCACUUUAAUACAUCAUAUCCUUACCCUUCCUUUAAUGUUAAAGAUCUUGAUACGGUAGAUAAUGGUGUGAUCGAACACUUGCUUCCAUCAUUGUACAAAGAAGACUGGGAUGUUCUUAUUGCACAUUUCCUUGGUGUGGAUCAUGCGGGGCAUAUAUUUGGUGUUGAUUCUGCACAGAUGAUACAGAAGUUGGAACAAUAUAACAGUAUUCUUGAGGAAGUUGUUGACGUGCUGAAGAGCGAAUCUGGAGCAGGUGGCCUUCAUGAGAACACUUUUCUUACUGUAAUGGGUGAUCAUGGCCAAACCACAAACGGUGAUCAUGGUGGUGGCACAGCAGAAGAGGUUGAAACAUCACUCUUUGCUAUGAGUUUACAGAGUCCUCCAGCUUCUGUUUCUUCUGUUCUUGAUUCAAGUUUUUGCCAUCCUGAUUUGGAUGGUAGAAAGCUAUGCAUUGGCAUCUUCGAACAGCUCGACUUUGCGGUAACUAUUUCAGCACUCCUUGGUAUUCCAUUUCCUUUUGGCAGCAUUGGGCGUGUUGAUCCUGAAAUAUAUGCAUUGAGUGCUCAUACAUGGGAAGGUCGAGGAACAGGUACAAACAAUUGUCAACCAUCAUCCGAUUUGGCAGCAUGGAAGCAAAACUAUGCUAAUGCUCUCUGCAUAAACUCAUGGCAGGUGAAGAGAUAUAUUGAUCUUUAUUCUGCCACAUCAGUUAUUGGGUUGCCUAUUGAGGAUCUAAACCAUGUAUCGGAGUUGUACAGUCAAGCUCAGACUAACUGGUCAGAUACUGUGAGCAGUGGUUACUUACCUAUGGGUACCCCUCACAGGAUUCAGGAUAGGGAAGAGUCACCUUUUCAACAGAAAAUUGAUGCAUAUUCUGACUUCUUAGAGAGUGUUGCCAAGCUUGCUCGAUCAGCUUGGACAGAGUUUGAUGGAACUUUGAUGGGUGUUGGACUCAGUUGUAUGCUUGUUUCUCUUGCCAUUCACCUAUUGGCGAUCAGAAGGCUAAAUAUUCUCUGUAAGCCUUAUCAAAAUGCCCUGAACAUUCUUGGUAAUUAUUUCAGUCUGGUUUCUCCUCUUCUCUUGGUGGCAAUACGGGCAGCCAGUUUUCUGUCAAAUAGUUACAUAUUGGCAGAAGGAAGCGUUGCAAAUUUUCUUUUAGCUACUGCUGGUAUUAUCAGAUUACAGCGUUCGAUCAGGGAAUGGAAGCUUCCGACAGAUGAACUUUUCUUUCUUCUUUUAAGUACCAUUAUUAGAUUUGGAAUAGAAAUUGGGAUGUCAAAGGAAAGCUCUGCUUCGACAUUUUUGUUUACCUUUUCUAAAAAUAUUUUUGGUAUCAAUGAAGGAGAUCCUCUUUUGACAGUUUUGACAGACAUAUUUCCAAUAAUUUUGCUAUUCGUUUUGGCAAUCAUGUUUUACAAGUUCAUUUCUGGCAUAUGUUGUUGGCCACACUUUAGAUAUAUUCUCUAUUUUGGAACCGUAUGUAGCUAUCUGCUCAUAGCAUUACAUUGGGCCUCCGAGAGCAAUUUGAUGCCUAUUUCUUUGUUUGUUCAAUAUACUGGAAGGAACUUUGCACCUCAAGUGGUUUAUGCUAUUGGCUUUGGACUUCUGGUAUUGUCAGUGCUUUCUCGGUUUCUGGACAGUAGUAGGGUAAAGCCAACAGCAAGGAUGACAGUUUUAUCUCUGGCCUUAGUUUCUUCAUGGAGCCCAACUAUCUUGAUUCUACUGGGAAGACAAGGUCCCUUUGCUGUUUUGAUUUUCAUAAGUGGAGCCUGGUUUAUAGUAAAGUCAUGGAGGGAAGGAUGGAUAGAAUCCACAAGAAGAGAUUUGGGAGCCUUCGUCAUUGAUCCUAUACCUGUGAUUCAAUGGAGCUUUCUAGCUGUUUGUUUAUUCUUUUACACUGGUCACUGGUGUACCUUUGAUGGUCUGCGUUAUGGUGCAGCAUUUGUUGGGUUUGAUCAUUUCAAUAUCAUCCGUCAAGGUCUUCUACUUGCAAUAGAUACUUUUGGUGUGUCUCACAUUCUUCCUAUUCUUAGUAUUCCAUUUAUUAUCACAAUCCAGUUGCAGAAUAGUAAGGAAAACUCUGCUGAGGGUAAUACUUUUCUCUACCUGACACAGGUCUUCUUGAUUUAUGGGCUUAUAACAGCUACAACAACUACAUUGACAAUCAUAUGCGUCACAAUUCAAAGAAGACAUCUAAUGGUUUGGGGAUUAUUUGCACCAAAAUAUGUUUUUGAUGCCAUAGGCCUUCUUGUGACAGACGCAUUAAUUUUUAUGGCUUCUCUGUACUAUUACUGACAUGGCAGUGAUGUGUUCUGUAAUGGCAUGAAGACUCAGGCUCAGCAUUUUCCUCCAAAUUUUUUUCUUGGAGAACUAGAUUGAUUACUAAUUUAACCAUUUUUAUUCAGUAGAUAAUUAGAUGAAUUUUGUCAUGGUCCAGUCUUCAUUGGCUGCUCUGAGGCAUAUUGCCUAAUGGUUUCUUAUACAAAGGACAUAAAUCAAUGGAUUAUUGUUUGAUAAAAGGGAAAAAAGUGGCAUGCAUCUUGGAAAUCUCAUAUUGCUUCAGAUCUUUCCUUGGAGCUUGUCAAAUUGUUUAGGUCGUGUUUUUCAUAUUAUGAUAAAUGGCUAUUGAUGAUUUAGUUGAUUUCUUCUUUUACCAAGGGAUGUCAAUGCGGCUAACUUCAGUUGUCGAACAUUGAAGACAAUUUUGGGGCCCAUUUAGUCACUAGAGCAACCUGGCAGGAUAAUGAGAUCCAGGAUAUAGCUAUUUUAUUCCUGAUAAUUUUAUACACUUUAUUUGUGAGAACUGAUUUAUCAUUUUGAAAGAUGAGCAGAUUAGUGUGUGUGACCAUCAUUUGGCAUCUAGUGUACCUGUGACGCUCUAGAUAAUCCAUCAUUUCAGCCUCUGGUAGCUGAUCUCAUAUCAGCUUCGCUAGAUAAGAGUUUAAUGCACCUGAAUACGAUCUGUUAUUAUGUUAAUGAAGAUAUGAGAAGCUAAGGUAUGAAAACCUUGACUGUGGAUGCUCUGUGGUCACUGAGCUUUAAUUUUACCUUUUGAUGCUUUCUAUUCUUGCUUGCUUCCUGUGGUUAUACUCUUAUAUGGAAUACUUAUUUGAUUAUCUGAUGCCUAUUCUCUGUAUUGAGUCUAAAAGCAGCGGAAUGCUUUGGUUUAGAGAGGAGAUAUGCAAAUUAUUCUCCAUAUUCUACUAGGUGGACAAAUUCAUUUACAAUUUUGUUUCAAGAACUCACUGGUGCAUAUGUAACGUCACAUCAAUUGCACAAAUGGUUUCAGUUAAUCAUAGAUGUGCAACAACUAAUAUUUUGUAGAGGCUCUGCUCCAUUUUGUAUCGUCACUAGGAAACCAUUAAUUCUCAGUUUCCUGGAACAAAUUGUUUGUCUUUGGUUGCUUGCAGCAAUAUGUUAGGGAGUUCAGUGGUUAAGGUAGAUCACAUUUCAAUAAAUUAUGAUGUCGUGAUUAUAAAAAAAAUCAGAGUCGUUGAACGCACUUAAUUCAUACCUUGCAAUUUUUGUGUGGUAGUACAUAUAAUUAAUUAUGGUGAAAUGACCUAUUGCAGGAGAAUUCGGCUUGACUUCGUCGUCCUACCUGCGAGCAUUUUAUUACCUUCAAUAGAUCUUUUACCUCUUACAUCAAUCAUUCUUGCCUCUUGUUAAAAGAAAAAAAAAAGUUUAUCAUGCUUCUCACUUGCAUAUUGCUUCUGAAUAUGUUUCUAUCCUAGUUACUCCUGUGCAUAAACUGAUGUCAUAGCUGCUUUAGAUCAGCAUGUAACGUGGUCUGGGUAUUUAAUAGUUGUUGAAUAGUCUGUGGUUUAGCCUUUGUAUGCUGACUUAAAUGAGUAGAAGCAUUUUGAACUGACCUGUUUUAAGAUGCACAUGAUUUGGGGACCUUGUGGAACAAUAUAUUGUAGAAACAAGAGCACCAGCAUGACCAUGGAAAGCACGCAAAAGAUUCUAAUCAUAUUGUUCAUCAAAGGUGCGUCAUGUUUAGUUUGAAGAAUUUUACCUGUCUACAGAAGACCUCUCAUCUUUCAAGACCCCAUUCCCAUAUUUUAUUGACGGCAUAUUAGAACGAGAACAUUUUGUUUCCUUGGUUGCGUAUUGUCCAUGUCUUUGCUUAGUAUUUAUUAUGUCAAAGCCCGUCGCAAUUUUUUGCCCUCACAAUAAUGGAACCAUACAGCAGAAACUGUGGAGCCGACUUCCAGAGUUGUUUCUCGUCAAUGAAUCACUAAACUCACAUAAACAGGGUUGCCGUCUCUUCCCCAGCAUACUCUGGGCCACAAGAAGGUCCUGUGCUCGUAAUGCACCCGGAAGGAAGGUAAAGUCUUAUUCUGAUGUGCAUCUUCCACCAGCAUAUGCAGAUGGUUGAGGUGAAGCCUUCACAGCUUUUUCUUCCAGUAUUCCUGUUCAUGGGGCCUCGCAUCGAUAUUUCGUGAGCCCUCUGUUGCUGCUUUCGAGUCAAAUCAGGUGGCCAAUCUAAAUUUCCUUGUUGUACCUGCUCCCCUCUUUUUUGUCAGGCUAAAGAAUCUGACAGGGAAUUGGGCACUCGUUGAGCUCGCAGGAAGACAAAAAGAGGAGCAGAUCUUUCGAGGCAGACUUCCUUCUCCUUCGUCAAUUUGGUCUUUGCUUCUCUUUUGAUUAUGAGCCUUUAUGCAACUUACUGCCUGCCAGCUUCAUCAUCACACAAUCGCUGUUCAAUUGAUUUCCUCAACAUAGUGACAAAGAGAACAAAUGUCAGCCUCGGUAGACUAUCGAGCCACUCUCCAACUUCUACACGCAACCAGGAAGCGCCUCCUUUUAUGGCACUUUCUUCAUGAACAUGUAUCUUCUCAUACUCAAGUAUAUAUGAUUUGUCUCGUUUAAUA